AUGUCUAAUUUCGUGAGAAAAGGUUCCAACACGGCAAGUCAACUUGUUGGUCAAGUCCAAAUACAUAACAUAACAAGAGCAGCCAUAUCACAGCACAAGCGAUAUAGCUCUUCCAAUGUAGAAAUAAAUAAGUACAGUAAACAUAUUACCCAACCUAAAUCUCAGGGUGCUUCUCAGGCAAUGUUAUACGGGACAGGACUAAAACCAGAAGAUAUGAGUAAAGCUCAAGUUGGGAUUUCGAGUGUGUGGUAUGAAGGUAAUCCAUGUAAUAUGCACCUCUUAGAUUUGUCGGCAAAAGUCAAGGAAGGUGUGAUUAAAGCUGGGAUGGUCGGAUACAGAUUUAACACUGUUGGUGUGAGUGACGGUAUUAGCAUGGGCACAAAAGGAAUGAGUUUUUCUCUCCAGAGUAGAGAUUUAAUUGCGGAUUCCAUUGAAACG